AUGGAGGUCGGCGGCGAGGAGUUCGCGGUCGGCGUGGUGAUCUCGGCGAAGACCACCCUCGGGGAGGAGUUCGAGGGCCAGAUCGUCUCCUUCGACCGCCCGAGCAACCUCCUCGUCAUCCAGGAGGGCGUGGGCAGGGCGGAGAGGGGCGAGCGGCGGAACGUGAGGGUGCUCAAGGCCAACUACAUCCAGGAGUUCUCCGUCGUCGGCAAGUACGACGACCCGCUGGACCCGGCUGGCUGUGUGCUCGACCUCGCCGCCAUCCACGCCAGGGAGGAGGCCGCCCUCAGGCAAGCUGAGAUUGAAGCUGAGAGAAUUGGUGUUGGUGUCACCCCAGAAGCUCAAAGAUUAUUUGAUGCAUUGUCGAAGACGCUUCCAGUUCAUUGGGACAAGACUGACAUUGUUGUAAUGAAGGAGGUUCGCGUAUGCAGUCCGUACCUGCCUGAAAAUGUCAGCGGCGGAACAUCAGCUGCUAAUGAACGGGUUAAGAAAGUGCUGGACUUUGAGAGGAAAAGACAACAUGUGCGUGUACCUGGCCAAUUCUAA